AUGAGGUGGACGAGAAAAGACGAGAAGGUCAGGAUGAAGUUUUCAGCGGCGGCGGCAGUGGCAGCGGGGCCAGCAGGGGCUACUCUGUUCCUGGGUCUGGUAGCCCUGGUAUCCAGCCAAGGAGGGGAGGAGCUGGACCUAGAGCUGGAUAUGGAGACCUGCGUGAUGGAUCCCGUGGUUGGUGAGGACGCGGCUUUCUGCAGGGGCGGCUUGGAAGUUAUUUACCCAGAGCUGGGCGAUGUCGGCUGCCUGUAUAUUCCCAAGUGUAACAAUUAUAGGGAGAGGAUCAGCAAGGAGUGGAACGAACCCUCUGUCAGAUUCCCCCAGGCCCAUCCGAAAAAGAAGUAUGUCUUGAUGAUGGUGGAUCCAGAUGCCUACAGCAGAGCUGAUCCUAAAUUUCGCUACUGGAGACACUGGCUGGUCACUGAAAUCCAAGGCAGUGAUCUGCAAGCCGGGAAGCCCAAGGGCCAUGUGCUGGCAAAAUAUUACCCUCCCGGUCCACCCCACCACAGUGGCUACCACCGUUACCAGUUCCUCGUCUACGAGCAACCAGACCAUGAGACCAUCCUCCUGAGCUCCAACAAAUCUGCAUUCAGAGGGGCCUGGCACAUGGAGAAGUUUGUGGAGCGAUUCCGCCUAGGCUCCCCAGCGGCGACCACCCAGUUCCUCACCGAGAACUACAAGGACUAGCUCAGCCCCCCGGGAGCGGAAGGAGGAAGAAGGGGAGAGGAGAGGCUACAGAUGGGGCUGGCAAAGGGCCCACUGUGGUGACGAGGCCUGGAACUCGUGGGACUCAGUACCCUUGCGAGAGAAGAGGGCCUCCCCUCCAGGUCUCUGUGCACAUCUACCCAGGGUUGAUAGACAGCAGACUCUGGCCCUUGGGUCUGGCAUUCCCACUCCAAUAAACAUCAACCUCUGGAAUCA